UUCAGAGUUUUGCUGAGGACGAAGAGUGAAAAGAAUACAAACGAUCAUCAAAGGUCAUCAAAAUGUCUUCCCCUGUGACCCCAAGAAGGAAGAGUAAAAGGGGGAGGGAAGAGACGAGCAGUCCACCUCCAGAGGAAACGGACCCAGUCACACCAUCAAGACGAAGUACAAGAUCAGGAGCGUCGACACCUUCUACUAAAGGAAGUGCAAGGAAACAGAGAGCCUCAUCAAAAGAUGAUGCGACAUCCCCACCAAAAAAAGACAGAAGAAUUGACAGUUCUCCAGGGGCUGAUUUGGCUCCACUUCCAUCAUCCCCUCCAUCUGGGGCACAGCAGGAGUCGUCUCUCUUUUCUAGUCCUCCACAGUCCAGAACUGGGGCUCCAACAAGUGAAAUUGACCUUAGUUCUCCAUUGAAUUAUGGAACUCCGAGUUCAAGAGGUGGCCCCAGGACACCUGGUGUUCUGAAUACUCCUAUCCGCAGUCGUCCAGAUGUUCGAAGUGAUCGCAAGUUGAGACAAGUGACAAUAGGAGGAUCAGAUCCUAGUGAGCCAACCCGUAUCACUAGUGAGAUCACCAGUGAUCCCAAUGCCGGGCCACAACUCGUGAUCUGGGGCACAGAUGUUGUUGUGAGUCACUGUAAAGAGAAGUUCCGUAGAUUCAUUGCACGCUUCAUCGACAGAAACGUGUCGGAAGAUGAAGAGUUUUCAGGAAUGGACAUAAAUGAACCUUACUACCUUCAACGUUUGGAAGAGGUGAAUGUGGUGGGUGAACCGUUUCUUGGGAUCAACUGUAGCCAUUUAAAGGAGUUUGAUCAGGAUCUGUACCGCCAGCUGAUUGCCUACCCCCAAGAAGUAAUUCCUACUUUUGACAUGGCCAUCAAUGAAAUGUUCUUUGAUCGAUACCCAGACACUGUUCUGGAACACCAAAUUCAAAUACGACCUUACAAUGCAGAGAAGACCAAGAAUAUGCGUUCAUUGAAUCCUGAAGACAUUGACCAGCUGAUAACAAUAAGUGGUAUGGUGAUCCGCACAUCCUCGUUGAUCCCAGAGAUGCGAGAGGCCUUCUUCAAAUGCUACGUGUGUGCUAACACUGUCUCCGUGGAGAUUGACCGUGGCCGUAUCUCAGAGCCUACUCUCUGUACCAACUGCAACACCAACCAUUCCUUUGCCAUGGUGCAUAACCGUUCACAGUUCACUGACAAACAGAUGAUCAAACUCCAGGAAUCUCCCGAUGACAUGCCACCUGGUCAGACCCCACACACAGUAUCUCUUUAUGCCCACAACGACCUUGUGGACAAAGUCCAACCAGGUGAUCGAGUGACCAUCACUGGUAUCUAUCGUGCCACACCUCUCCGUGUUAAUCCACGUCUCCGCAAUGUCAAGUCGGUGUAUAAGACUCACAUUGAUACUGUACACUUCCGUAAAUUGGAUACAUCCAGACUUCGGGAAUGCACUGUGGAUGAUGAUGAACAAAAAGAAGCUGUGUUAAGUCAAGAGAGAAUUGAUUUCCUUAAAGAACUGUCAAAGAAGUCUGACAUAUAUGAAAGACUAGCCCAUGCUAUUGCCCCAAGUAUUUAUGAAAAUGAAGAUGUAAAGAAAGGAAUCCUGCUGCAGUUGUUUGGGGGAUGUAGAAAAGAUUUUUCUAAUACAGGCCGAGGGAAAUUCAGGUCGGAGAUGAACAUUUUGCUUUGUGGGGACCCAGGAACUAGUAAGUCACAGUUGCUGCAGUAUGUACACCACCUAGUGCCACGUGGUCAGUACACAUCAGGAAAAGGUUCCAGUGCAGUAGGUCUGACCGCCUAUGUGACCAAGGACCCAGAGACACGACAGCUUGUUUUGCAAACAGGUGCCCUGGUUCUCAGUGACAAUGGUGUGUGCUGUAUUGACGAGUUUGACAAGAUGAACGACAGCACCAGGUCGAUUCUGCAUGAAGUCAUGGAGCAACAGACCUUGUCUAUUGCCAAGGCAGGAAUUAUCUGCUCUCUCAAUGCCAGGACAUCUAUCUUAGCUGCAGCAAACCCUGUUGAGUCUCAGUGGAACAAAAACAGGACCAUUACAGAAAACAUCCAGCUACCACAUACACUGCUCUCUAGAUUUGACCUGAUCUUCCUGAUCCUUGACCCUCAGGAUGAGGUAUUUGAUCGUCGACUGGCCAGUCAUCUAGUGUCUCUCUACUUCCGGUCAGAGAAGGAGGAAGAAGAGGAGCACCUGGACAUGAGUAUUUUGAAAGACUACCUGACCUAUGCUAAAAACUACAUCAGUCCUAAGAUUGGGGAGGAAUCUGGCCAGACGUUGAUUCAGGCCUACGUAGACAUGAGAAAGGUGGGCAGUGGAAGGGGCCAAAUUUCUGCCUACCCUCGUCAGCUGGAGUCAUUGAUAAGACUUUCUGAGGCGCAUGCUAAGAUGAGGUUCUCAUCAAUCGUGGAGACGUGUGAUGUGGAGGAGGCCAAGAGAUUAUACAAGGAGGCCAUGAAACAAGCAGCGAUCGACCCGUCUACUGGUAAGAUAGAUAUUACAAUCCUGACCACGGGUAUUAGUGGUGCUGCCCGCAAGAGGAAAGCAGAAAUUACACAGGCACUAAAGAAACUAAUUCAGGAGAAGGGCAAGGUCCCCUCACUCAAACACCAGAAACUGUUUGAAGAUUUCAAGGAAAAAUCUGACUUCCCAAUUGCAAGGGAAUCAUUUGAUGAGGCCUUGAGAGAGCUUCAGGAGGAGGACUUCUUGAUUGUCACCAACAAAGUCAUCCGACUCUGUCAGUAACAUGGGAUACUUCAAUCAUCUUAAACUGGUACGACUCUCUAAUAACAAGUUACUGGGAUUGUCACCAUUUGUAAAGACUCUGGAGUAGCAAGGAACUUAGAUUGUCAUCAGAAGACUGACAGGACUUUGUUAGCAAUGUAGGUUACUUGGAUUGUUACCAACACAUCAAACUGAUACAACUGUUUUAUCAUCACAGACAUAUCUGUCAUUACUGUGGAUUACUUGGAUCAUGUCUGUGAUGUAGAUUGCCUCGAUGUAAUAAUGUGGGACGUCGUUGGCAAAGAUAGAACGAUUAGAACAUUGAUCAACGUUUUCCUUAGUGUGAAGUUGCUGGAUGUGGAACACAUGGACUGUUAAUAGAUGUAACUGACGAAAAACUAAAUUAUGCAUGUGAUAUAUUGUAUAUUCAUAAAAUUAUUAAACAUAACUAAUUGGUGAACCAAAUUGCUGUGAACUUUUCAGUGCUGGAUAUUCAGUUAUGGAGUGCUAUAUUGAUGACUGGGGACAAUUCGGAUAAUGGAACUAAUUAUAAACAGUGUUAUAUAUAUGCGUAAUGCACACCUAUGUACAUAGAUACUGUUAUUCAGGCUCUAUUUGGAGACAAAAUUAUAAUUAUGGAUUUUUUGAUGGAUGGAGAAAGUUGGUAUUCUGUACCAAUAAUUCGCUGCUGUUUAAAUUUUGUACAUAUUAAAGAUUCAAGUCUUUUAA